AUGCCGAGCAGAACUUAUGUUGCAAAAUCGCAGAAAACUGCCGGUGGUUUAAAAGUAGCAAAGGACUGUGUAACAUUGUUGUUUUGUUCCAAUGCUUCAGGAGAACGUAUGUUAAAACCACUGCUAGUAAAUCGUGCUUUAAGACCACGCUCGAUGAAAAGUGUAGAUUUCAAUAAACUGCCAAUUCACUGGACAGCAAACAAAAAGGCAUGGAUGACCAGUGCAAUCUUUACAGAAUGGUUCCAGAAAUACUUCAUUUCAGAAGUUAGACGCUACAUGAAUGCAAAAUGUCUAAAAUUUAAAGUUCUUUUAAUUCUAGACAAUGCACCUUGCCAUCCGCUCUUGGAGCACCCAAAUGUGCAAUUUUGCUAUCAUCCGCCUAACACUACAUCCUUAAUACAACCGCUAGACCAAGGGAUCAUUGCUACUUUUAAAAAGUACUACAUAAAACGUUCAUUCCAAUACGUGGUAGACAAACUAGACCAUAAUGAGGAUUUAACAGUCAUUGAUAUGAGGAAAAAAUUUUCUAUUAUGGACUGCAUUAAUCAAGUUGGGUUAGCGUUAGCUGACUUAAAGCCAUCAACCUUGAACUCAUGUUGGAAAAAUAUUUGGCCAGAAUGUGUCAAAAGCAAAGAUCCUGUCAUCCAUAAUAACGCUGUUUUUACUGACAUCACAACGCUGCCACAUACAAUUGGUGGAGAUGGAUUCGAUGAUCUAUCAUUUGCCGAUAUAGAGGAAUUAUUAGCUGAUAAAAGCUUGAGCGAAAAUGAAAUUAUAGACCUCACCCUUGAGACUCAUCAAGACAGAGAACACAGCGAUAAUGACGAAGAAGAUCCUCCCAUUUUAAAUGCAACUCUAAUUAAAGAAGGUCUUGAUCUUGCCAGAAAAUUAGGUAAUCAUUUUCAACAACAUGAUCCUGAUGAGGAACGAGCUGCAAAAUUUCAACGUGAACUGAAAUCAUUAAUGGCAUCUUACAGGGAACUUUAUAAAGGUUUAUCACGAAAUCAAACACAAUCUUUAAUGACUGAUUUCCUUCUAAAAACUACUGAAUUAUCAACACAGGAGCCUAGGGAUGAUAAUCCAGAAACAAUUUCACAAGAUGAUGAACAAAAUAAUUCUAGUGAUGGCAGUGAUAUUCUAGUCUCACGCAAACGUAUGCGUUUAUUGUCGGAAAGUGACAAUGCAUAA